AUGAUACGUUCAACCGUACGCUCGACGCUCGUCGGGCUGUCGACCAUCUGCGCCUCGGCGCCUAUCGAGGUCGUCACCGCCACCUUUAUCAUCGUUACCCUAAUCUACUUCCAGCUCCUCCAGGCUAUUCGCGGUUCCGACUUUUUCAACCUUCCCGUCGCCGCCCCGCCUGUCCGCCCCGUUCAGCUUGUGCGACUUGCCGAUGGCCUCCCUGCCGAUGGUACGACUGCUGGCUUUGGCCGGGCAGAGUAUGCGCACACGCCUCUGUGGUCCCCCACCAAUGAGCACUGGUCGCCCGUCUCCUCUGCCGACUUCCAGAGUGCGAUCAGGAUCAAUGCACUCGAGGGUGGCUAUGUUGUCCCCAAGGACGAGGGCGGCAACAAGGCCGGUGAGAGCGCUGCGAUUGCUAUCGUCAAGCCGUUCGCCGUGUUCCGCGAGGAUGGCGCGAACUCCGCCGCCGAGGAGUGGCGCCAGUGGCUUCUCAACGACCUCGCUGUGACCGUCCGAGACAAGACGUACACCUACGCCGACCUGUGCUACGGUGCCGGCUGCGCUGCCGCCGCCGCCCCCAAGCUCGAGGCACACCCGCUGCACUCGGACCAGAUGACGCUCAACCUCGUACUUCGCGCACCUGCCCCUGGCACACCUACUAUGACCUACCUCGAGCGCCUGGCCCGUCUCCCCACUUUCACCGCGCCCAGCUCAAACACGACUGUCCGUGUGGUUCCCGCCGCCACUGAGCCACCCCGUUGGGCUCUUCUUCCCAACAUUGACGGCGGUGGCCUCUUCUCGGGCCUCGCUGAGAAGCGCGGCGCAGACGCGGCGGACCAGAUCACUGUCGUCCGCAACGUGCGCUGGUUCGCCCAUGCUGUCCGUGCACUUGUCCUGCGCUUCUACACGCUUGCCAAGAAUGCCGACUCUGCCGACGUGUUUGUCGUGCUUCUUGGUUACGUGCUCAUGCACGUUUCGUUCGUCAAGCUCUUCAUGAACAUGCGCAAGCUUGGCUCCCACUUUUGGCUUGCUCUUGCUACGCUUGUCUCAUCUACCUUUGCCUUUGUUACUGCCGUCUUCUGCGCAUACAUCUUCAGCGUGCCAGUUGACCCUAUCGGUCUCUCCGAGGCCCUUCCCUUCCUCGUAAUCACUGUCGGCUUUGACAAGCCAUUCCGCCUCGCUCGCGCUGUUUUCGAGAGCCCCGACAUUGCCCCUGUUGCUGCCUCGCCUGACGCGACUCCCGCCUUUGACUUCUCGGAAGAGCCCAACGCGAACGGCCUCGACCUUUCGACGCUCCACCGAGAGCUUGCUCCCCUCGAGCGCCUCCAGAAGCUCGCUGACGGCCGUGGCAUCCGCUGGGUCGUCCCUGUCGCCGCCGAUCAGGUUGUGAUCAACGCUGUCAAGUCAGUCGGCAUGUCGAUCGUCCGCGACUUCGCCCUCGAGAUUGCGAUCCUGUCCAUGGGCGCCACGUCCGGCAUCGGCGGCCUCCGCGAGUUCUGCUACCUCGCUGCCAUCCUCAUGGCCACUGACUGCCUCUUCCUCUUCUCAUUCUUCAUCGCGAUUCUCGUCGUCAUGGUCGAAGUCCACCGCAUCAAGCUUAUCCGCGGUAAGCGUAGGAUCAAGACCUCGAUCAAGCGCUCGGCGUCGAGCGUGUCUCUUGCCAGCGCCACCGACUCGCCCAGCCCCUCCAAAGCAUCGUUCUGGGGGGAAGGCAAGGACCCUUGCGAGGAGGACGGCCAGCCGUCCAACCCCGUUCCCCGCCUCAAGCUCAUCCUCAUUACCUCGUUCCUGGUUCUCCACGUCCUCAACCUCUGCACUACCCUCACCGAGAAGACUGCCCUCAAGCGCCACCUCAUCCACACAGCACCUACGCCUCGCGUCGACUCGCGGGCGGCCGAUAUUUCCCCGCUUCUUCAGGCUCUGUAUGCGGCGUCGCCCGCCAACACGGACAUGAUCGUUCAGAUUGUCACCCCCACCCAGAUCCUUAUGUCCAAGACUGGGCCGGCUGUCUCGCGCAUCGACUCGAUCGAUAGCUUCAUGUCUGAGUGGUCGACGCUUGUUGGUGACCCCGUCAUCUCCAAGUGGGUUGUCGUUCUUCUCGUCAUCUCGGUCCUCCUCAACGGCUACCUCCUCAAGGGCAUUGCCCACAACUCGAUCGGCGGCAAGGGUCCUAUUGCCGCUGCGGCCCAGGCCUUAGUUGGUGUCUUUGAGGGUCUUGAGAAGCCCAAGGAGAAGCGCCCUCGCUCCGCCUCGGACCUCCAAAAGUAUCGUGCUCAGCGUGCCGCCGAGGCUCGUAACAAGCUCCCCAGUGGCGGCCCGGCUGUUACUGCCAUCAACGAGGGCGACAAGACCCCCAAGACCAACGGGCACGCCAACGGUCAUGCCAACGGUCACGCUAACCUCGGAGCGGGCCUCGUUGUUCCCCAGACCCCCAACAUUCCGGUCAUCUCGGAGCCCCUCCUGGCUGACUCAGGCGAGGCCACCACUACUCCUAGCCAUAUGACGUUUGUCGGCCGCCGCUCGAUCGAGGAGUGCGUUGAGAUCUUUGCUGGCGGUGUUGGCGCCAACAAUCUGUCCGACGAGGAGGUAAUCAUGCUCGUGCAAAAGGGCAAGAUUGCGCCCUAUGCGCUCGAGAAGUCGCUCAAGAACCUCGACCGUGCCGUUCGCAUCCGCCGUGCUGUUGUCUCUCGCGCCUCUCUCACGCAGACGCUUGAGCACUCGGCCCUUCCCAUGAACGACUACGACUACAAGACCAUCAUUGGUGCCUGCUGCGAGAACGUCAUCGGCUACAUGCCUAUCCCUGUCGGUGUUGCCGGCCCGCUCAACAUCGACGGCCAGCUGCUCCACAUUCCCAUGUCGACUACUGAGGGUACCCUUGUCGCCUCCACUUCGCGUGGUUGCAAGGCGCUGAACGCUGGCGGCGGUGUCACCAGUGUCCUUACUCAGGACGCCAUGACCCGCGGCCCGGCCAUCGACUUCCCCAGCGUCAAGCUCGCUUCUGAGGCCAAGAUCUGGAUUGACUCGGAGGAGGGCUUCAACACUCUUCGUGACGCCUUCAACUCGACCUCGCGCUUCGCUCGUCUUCAGAAACUCAAGCCAGCUAUGGCUGGCCGCACACUCUACGUCCGCUUCGCCACAUCGACUGGUGACGCUAUGGGUAUGAACAUGAUCUCGAAGGGUACCGAGAAGGCGCUCGAGGUGCUCCAGCGCCGCUACCCGGAGAUGGACGUCCUCGCGCUCUCGGGCAACUACUGCACGGACAAGAAGCCUGCUGCCAUCAACUGGAUCGAGGGCCGUGGCAAGAGCGUCGUCGCCGAGGGCAUCGUCCCUGGCGCUAUCGUCAAGAGCGUCCUCAAGACGACUGUCCAGGAGCUCUGCAACCUCAACACGAAGAAGAACCUUAUCGGCUCAGCCAUGGCCGGCUCCAUUGGUGGCUUCAACGCGCACUCCGCCAACAUCCUCACGGCUAUCUUCCUCGCGACUGGCCAGGACCCAGCCCAGAACGUUGAAUCGUCGAUGUGCAUGACGCUCAUGGAACCGAUCAACAACGGCGAGGACCUGCUCAUCACAUGCUCAAUGCCCGCGAUUGAGGUCGGCACUGUAGGCGGCGGCACGAUCCUCGGCCCCCAGCGUGCGAUGCUCGAGAUGCUCGGCAUUGCGGGCGCGCACCCCACUUCGCCGGGUUCCAACUCGCAACGCCUCGCGCGCAUCAUCUGCUCGGCGGUUAUGGCCGGCGAGCUAUCGCUCAUGUCGGCGCUGGCUGCUGGCCACCUCAUCCAGGCGCACAUGAAGCACAAUCGUUCCGUGCCCGUCACUCCUGGUGCCGUUACGCCGUUUGGUGGUAUCACCCCCAUCCGCGAGGAGAUGCUCAUCAAGGGCAAGUUGCGCGGCAUCAGCCCGACGCGGUUGCAAGCCGCCAACAAUGCGGCUGUGAACAGCUCAGGCCCACUGCCGGCUGCAAGGGUUUCGCCCAGCAAGCAGGGCAGCACGGGAUGGCCUGGGCAAUAG